AUGAAAUACCAAACUUUGAAACUGUUUCUAAUCAUUCUUCUUUCAAGUUUGUUAAUAUUGACUAUUGUUGAUGUCAAUAAUCAUAAACACAAAACUUGCAUAGUUGUUAAAACUAGUUCUCACAACGAUGAACAUAAAACUUGCACAUUUACACAAACCAGCUCUCAAACAGUAACUAUAUCAACCUGUGUAUCUAAUCUAGCUUAUGAAACUUCUGCUUAUAAGGGUUCUGAUAAAAUUUCUGCUUGUGUCACUCAAGCUUAUAAAAAUUACACUUAUAAAAUACCUGCUUAUGAAACAUCUGCUUAUGAAACUCAAAACAAUCACAUUAGCCAUUACUAUAAUAAUGAUCGAAGAGUUAAGCAUAAUAAUGAUCGAAGAGUUAAACAUAAAAAUAAUUGCAAAAAAACAAUAACUAUCACUUUUACACCUACAACUACUUUGUGCUUUACACCAACCCUGACAUGUUGUCAGUCAUCCAGUAGCCUAGGAUGGCAAAACGUAUAUUAUGCAAUAACUAAUAAUGUUGAUACAAUCUUUUCUUUUAAUAUUACUAAUGCACAAGGUUGUUGUAAAAACUGUUUAAAUGAUUUAGAUUGUAUUCAGUGA